UAGAGAUCGAGAGAGAGAGAGAGAGACUGAGAGAUGAUGCAUAGGUGCAGCAGAGAGCCAUGCCCCUGCGGCCCCUUCGCCAACCAGAGCGCUUCCUCCUUCUCCAUGCUCUUCUCCAAGCCCUUCGACCACGACGACGACACCGACCUCUACUACUCCUCUUCCUCUUCCUCUUCCUCCUCCGUCGACUGCACCCUCUCCCUCGGCACUCCCUCCACCCGCCUCCUCGACGCCUCCUCCGACGACCACUCCAGGCGUAACGGCGAGCAGCACCGUCGUUCCUCCGUCUCCAACUUCUGCUGGGACGUGUUCCAGCCCAAGCACGCCCCGCACGGCAAGACCAGCCGCGGUGGCGGUAAUCAGUCGGCAGCGGCGGCGGCGGCGAGCGAUCCCCUUCUUGCUCGCCGCUGCGCCAACUGCGACACCACCUCCACUCCGCUCUGGCGCAACGGUCCGCGUGGCCCCAAGUCUCUGUGCAACGCCUGCGGAAUCCGUUUCAAGAAGGAGGAGAGGAGAGCCGCGGCCUCAGGCGGCGGCGGGGGAGUCGCGGACGCGCAGCAGCACAUGUACGGGCACCAGUGGGUCCAACAUGCGCAGGCGGCGUCGCAGAAGGCGCCCUCUUGCUUCUCGCCGGCUACGAUGCCGGGCCACCACCACCACGAGUUCCGCUUCAUGGAGGACGACGUCGUCGGGGCGGCACGGGACUCCUCCGACGGCGGCGGGAUCUCCUUCCUCUCGUGGCGCCUCAACGUCACGGACAGGCCCAGCCUCGUCCACGACUUCACGAGAUGAAAGAAACCCGCACAAUGCGAGCGAACCGCAAGACCGACGGAGAAAGAAAGAAGACGGAUGGAUAAAAGAGUCGAGAUCAUCUCGCCCCCCCCCAGCAGUCCUUUUUCUAUAUAAAAAAACAAUAUUAACAUAUGUAUCACGACGUUGAUGUUUUGAAGCUUGUUGAUGAUGGCGAUAGUUAUGGUCGUGGUCAAA